GAGGUAUAAAUAUAGUUUUGUACAUCAUCCCGCUGACGGCCCGCACCAAAAGGCAAUUCAAGUAUUAGAUAGAAGACCAUACCCUGGAUACUAGCCUAGUGACCUCGCUGAUGAAUCUCCGCUCAAGCCACAUUGACAUUUCCUAGAUUUCCUAAUUAACGUUGUCUUCAGUUCACACGGACAGCAUGAUAAUAUCCACACUCACUCUCAACGACGGCAAUCAAGUCCCCUGGAUCGCAUUUGGCACUGGUACGGCGUUCCGCCAGCAAGAUGCACAGAAUGUACAUAACGCUGUCGAAACCGCCAUCGCAAACGGUUUCACGCACCUCGAUGGUGCCCAGAUGUAUGAGAACGAAGAGAGCUUGGGUACUGCCAUCAAGACCUCUGGCACGCCUCGCUCUGCGCUCUUCGUCACCACUAAGCUCAAUCGACUGCAGCCCGACCAAACUGCUAAGACCGCGCUGCAUGUGUCGCUGAAGAAAUUGGGCUUGGAGUACGUAGAUCUAUACCUCGUGCACGAGCCCGGCCCCCAUGCGGGCCGGCUGAAGGAGGUGUGGAAGGUGAUGGAGGAGUGCAAGAGGGAAGGACUGGCAAAGUCCAUUGGUGUGUCGAAUUUCGAUGUUGCGCAUCUGCAAGAGAUCUUGGAGGACGCCGAGUUUCCGCCUUCGGUGAACCAGGUUGAGAUCCACCCGUACGUGUGGAAGUCCUUGCAGCCCGUGAUUGCGUUGCACAAAGAACAUGGCAUCGUUACGUCCUCUUAUGGCGGCCUAUCGUCCCUCUUUCGCACACCAGGAGGGCCUCUGGAUCCCGUCAUCGAGAUAAUCAGGGCACGCCUUGAGUCCACUCGAGGACAACCCGUGUCGAUCGGCCAAGCACUCAACAAGUGGUUGCAGCAGUACGGUAUUCUGGUCGUCACCACGUCAAGUAAAGCGGAUAGGAUGAGAGAAUAUCUUGAUACGGCCAACGUUCCAGAGUUGACAGCUGAGGAAAUCGAGUCGAUUGAGAAUGCUGGAGCGCAGCAUUACUAUAAAUUCAUCGUACUGUCCGACUGA